GGGAGUCUGCAUCGCAUUUUAAUCGCCUACAUCGGCUAUUUUAGGAUUGAGCAAUUUCACUCAUAUUAUAACAGUGUAUUCCUGACACUGUGCUCUUUGAUAAUUUAUGAUCAUUUUAAAUCUACGCACACGGAAUUUUAUAGAAAACGAGCCUUGAAUCACAGGCGGGACAAAGGGAACCUACGCAUCUGAAGAUCAUGAGAAAAGGGGGUUCCUCGCUCCCAGGACAAGUAAUGUUAUCAAGGGUUAGAGCUUCUCCCCGUGAGCAAAACGGUGUUUAUAACGUGGUUUCCGAUCGGCAAUUUGUAGGUUAUUCCAGUGCAAGUCGUAUACAUAUUAACACACCGCCGUCCAGUAAUAUAGUUUGUGUACCCGAGGCUUCUGUUGACAGCGUGUACACAACUCCUCUACAAGUACCGACGCACGGGACUGGACUACGACCCACAUUAGGACGACCGCCGGCUAAAAGGAGGCUGGAGCUGGACAUCACUGACCAUCAAUACAGUGAGCCAGCUAAAACAAUUAGAAGUCGCAAAGGAGCUCUUAAACUGAUGAUCCCCAAAGCUCCCAAAACUCCACCAGAGAAGACCCGUUAUGACACAUCCUUGGGGUUCUUGACAAAGAAGUUCUGUGAGCUGCUGGCCCAGUCCUCCGAUGGAGUGCUGGAUCUGAAUAAAGCUGCGAUUGUGCUCAAUGUCCAGAAGAGACGUCUUUAUGACAUCACCAACGUGCUGGAGGGUGUGCACCUCAUCAAAAAGAAGUCAAAGAACAACAUCCAAUGGCUAGGCCCCAGUCUGCCAUCAGAGGGAGAGCUGCCAUCUCUUUCGAUGUCCAGUCACGGUCUGGCCAGAGAGAUGCUGGAACUCACGCAGGAGGAGAGACGCCUAGAUGAACUAAUACAGACCUGCACACGUAACGUCCAGCAGAUGACUGAAGAGAUCCAUAACCAAAAAUAUGCCUAUGUAACCUAUCAGGACAUCCGAAGAAUAAAAAGCCUUAAAGACCAAACCGUCAUAGCGGUCAAAGCACCAUCUGAAACAAAGCUGGAGGUGCCUGACCCAAAGGAGAGUUUACAGGUCCACUUGAGUAGCUCCAAGGGUCCCAUUGAUGCUUUCCUCUGCACUGAUGGUGGUGAUUCAGGCAGCCUGCUGCACAAUGGCCUUGAUGUGAAUGGAAAUCACACAGCCUUUUUCAAAGUCUCCCAAGAAGGUUCUUCAGGUGGAACGGCUGAUGGUGUCAAGAUGAACGGCAGCUACAAUGGUAGCAUCAACGGGUAUGGUCCCCUGACUGGCAGUGCCCCAAUGUCACCCCUCAGUUCCUCGCUGUCCUCCAUUCUCCAACAGCCAGAUGAGUCUGUCCCGUUUGUGCCACUAUCACCUGCCCUGCUCAAUGAUGAAUACAUGCUGAGCUUGGGUGAUGAGCAGGGUAUAAAUGAUCUGUUUGACUCCUGUGACCUGGACAUGUUAGCGCUGGAUGACUUGCUCAGGAUAUGAGCCUUCCUGGAGCUCAACACCAAGAAUGGGACCUGGUUUCAGGUUGGUUGCAAGUGCUUUGGAAUUGUUGUAUCAAACCUGUGAAGAUCCAAGGAUAAGAUUAUGGGUUCAGCAGAUAUGAAUCUGAUAAUGAGCUAAAGGUUAAUUGAAUGUUGAUUUUGGUGUUUAGUGUUCAUGUUUUGUUUU